AUGCUAUCGAAACUCUUAAUAUAUAGAAACACGCUUAGAUUAUCUAGAUCUUCAUUAAACUAUCCAUAAGUCUUAGUUUAAACAUAAUCUUUUGGUAUUAAGUCAUCGUAGAAAACCAUUUCCUCGAAGGCAAGUGAUAUAAAUGAGGAAUUUGAUAAUUUGAUGUUAAAAUUAACUUUAAAAACCAAAGAAACUGAUGUUUAGGAGGAAGUUGAAGCUUAAUCAUAAAAUAAUCCAUUUGUAAUCAAAUAGAAAGAUGACGUUGUUUAUAUUAAUGGUGUUAACCCAAGAUGGAGAUUUCUUAGUCCUUUAAGUAUAGGCAAAAAUAAUGCUCUUUCAUUGACACUUGCUCUAUAUAAUGAAGAUGCUAUUGGACUCUUAUUGAAAAAGUAAAAUGUCAUUGGUGAAGAAGUAAAUAAAGAAAAUGAAAUAAUGCACAUCUCAUAAUAGUAUUCUUUCGGUUCAGUAACAAAUAUUCAUGGUAUGAAGAUUAGAUAAGUAGAUAGCAAUUAGACUAACACUUAUACAGUAAAUAUUGAUGAUAGCCUGAGGAAAACCUCCUUCAAAAGAGAUAUAGUUUAAAGACAAUUAUAUUCAGGUCAUAUGAGAAUUGAUAUAGGUUAACCACUGACUCAGGGAAAUGUAAUUGUAUUCAAAGGUGAAAGAAAUUCAGGUAAUACCUUCUUUCCUGUUGCUAAUUAUAUUUUAGGUAAAUCUAGAACAGCAUUUAGUGUAAUAUAGAAUUUCCUUAGAGAAAAUAAGGAUAAUAGAGCAAUAUAUGUUGGACUUUCAAAUAAUUAAUCAAUGAAACUCUACGAUGGUGUAUAAUCUGAGCUUCAAAAAUAAUUAGCAUGCUUCACUGUUGGAGGAUAAGACUCUACUGUUUCAGAUGCAGAAUACUUUUUAGCACCAAAAGUUGCUCUAUAAUUUGGAUAAGAAUACUUGAAUGACAAAGCAUUAACUGAGAAAAAUCUAUUAUUUGUUUUUGAUGAUGUGCUCUUAUAUCAUUACAAGGAAAGACAUAUCUUUGAUCUUGCUUCACAGCCAUUUGCUCCAAUCAAUAUGAUUAAUGAAAUAAUGGAAAAUUCAGGUGUAUUUUUAUCCAAGAAUACUACAGUAACUUCAAUUUUGAUAGUAGAUACCGAGUCAUCAUCUCUAAUGUUCUAAAAAGAUGAAUAAAUUUUUGUCAAUCAUAUAGAUUCAAUUUCAGAUUAGAUUCUAGAAUUCAAUGUAGAAACUAGUAAAGGAAUUAAAACUUACAUGCCUCUUAUUGAUAUGAAACCAAAUAAGAACAUAAAUGACUUCUGGUAAACUCCUUAUCUUAGAAAGGUUGGAAAGGAACUUUAACAAUUAUUAACAGAAAUUAAAAAAGCUCAGGAUUAACAUGUUCUAAGGAAAUAAUUGAAAAUUGACGAGGAUCCUUGGGAUAAUUAUCUUAUCUAUGACUCAAAAUAUUUCAUGCCUUUAAUCUGCCAUAGUCAAGAUUUAGCAUUAGAAGAAUAGGUCUUGGUUGCCAAGUUUAUUUAAUAAUCAAUCAAAUUGGAAAAUAUCUCCGAAUAUAAACCUAGUGGGCAAUAGCUAAUCAAAGAAUUAUUAAACUUUGCUAAAGAUUUUAAGGAUGAUGAAGAAGAUCCAAGCAUUCUAUAAAGAUUAGAAAGCGUAAUUCAUGCUAAAUAGUUAAAUGAUGAAGAGCUUUAAACAGUGGAACAAGAAAUAGAGAGAGUGAUCAAAAUGUUCUAUUUGCAUAUGAAAGUUGUAGGUCAACUAAAACCCUACAAAGAGGACUACUUCAUCUGA